GUCUGCAUCUACGACUAACGUUUUGAAACGAAAAGAACGAAAAAGAAACUUGGUUUACAUCGGUAAAUUCAGAAAUGCGAGGUCAUGAUCUUGGAUUAAGACAACGCGACUGUCGACAAACAGGGUAACUUGUAAAUACAUCUGAUGCACCCUGUGGUCGUGCACAACAGAAGACAACAAUGGCAGGUCUGGCAGACGUUUCCUCUGAUCAAGAAAGAUCAAACUGGCUGAAAGCGUUUCUCGGACUUAACAUUGCAAAACAUACCCUAGAAGAGUUUGUUGACAGAGAGGUCAAAGACGUUCAGACUCAAAUAUUUCAGUCUGUGCGGUCAAUACUUUAUACAGCCACAGUAUGCACCAACUGUUGUACCGCCAAUUUGUUGAAAUGUCCCACAUUGAAUAUAUGCAAGAAGAGAGGUAAACAUGUCUGCGAUUCAAUGCAAGACACACCUUUCAAACAACCUAGACCUUGUAGCAUGAAGAUAUGUGAUAAAGUUCGUGAUGAAAUUAUUAAAGCACAUCGUUAUGGUAAUCCUUCCUGGAAUAAUACAUCGGCUGAACAAUGGGAAAGUAAUCAUUGGCAGAUUGCUAAAUGCUUUUUACCUCCAGAUGGGUACAUUGGGGUGGGGUCUGCAAAUGAAACAGAUUUCAACGGUAUCAUUUGUGUUAUGCUGAACUGUAAACACUUUGACAGCAAGGUUUCCUUUUCUAUAGCACCACCACCACCUGGGUUGGCGUGUCUAUUGUCAAAGGUUCGAGAAAUAGGUAGAGCUGUUUGUCAUAACUCCGAUUGCAAAAUGAACAAUAUCGAUCUGCAGAAUGCCUUAAGCACGUUGAUUGGUCUUCUGAGUGACCCGACAUGUUUAGGUCACGAUGGACAUGCACAAGAGGCAAUCAGAAAAAUCAAACAGCUUCAACUCGACGGCUUAAAAACAACCGAGGCAGAAAUGAGUCAGUUACUGAAGGAUGCACGUGACACAUUGAACGAUAUGAAGCAAGUGGCCGAUGAAUCGAUAAAGGAGAUGAAAGCUUUUGUAGAGAACUUAUACAAGAAACACGCAGCACGGGAAGAUGAGGACUACGAACAUGCUGUGGAAGAUUUUGUGAGGCGAUUAAAACAGCAUUACAAAGUCACACUGAGUCAUGUGUCUAUAUCAACAUUGUUGCCUACUGCCGACAAAUCUCUAUAUAAACUCUAUGCAGCCCCAUCAAUAUGCAGAAUAGUUGAAAACAAUGAGGGGAAUAAAACUGAACAUCCAGUUACAACGUACAAAGAAAUAUUGUAUACAGGUGGAAAUGAAAAACUAAACAAGCGCAUAUUUUUGCAAGGUGAAGCUGGCAUGGGGAAAUCAACGUUUGCUUCUAAACUUGUAUUGGAUUGGUGUAAUCUAGGAGAAGCAUUAUCAUCUCUCUCUAAAACAUUUGUUGAUGCGAGCAUGUUGCAAGAAUUUAAACUUGUUUUAUUCGUUACUUUGAGGGAUUCUGCUUGUGAACGUGAUGUGACAAAAAUGAUCAAAGAACAGAUAAUCGACCUGGUUUAUUCUGAUACAAAUCGUCAUGACGCGUAUGAAAUGCUGAGUAAAAUCAUGCAAAAAGAAAUUUGCUUGGUGGUACAAGACGGGUUAGACGAGUGGAAGGAUCCUCAAGGGAAAUUAGCUCAGCCUAUAAUGGUUUCCUGUUACAACCAGUGUGCAAUUUUGACUACAACAAGGCCAUGGAAACUGACCAAUGAACGCAUUAAGAAAUCUCAAAUUGACAGCUUAUUUGAAUUGAAAAGAGUCAUUGAUCCAUAUGAGCUGGUUGAUUCAGUCCUGGAUAGCUUUGGAUGCAAAACCUCGAUUGAAUUGAAAGAUUAUGUAGAAGAAAAUUAACUAUAUGAUUUGCUGUUGACACCGAUGUUGCUCUUGCUUAUUGUAAAUUGUUGGGUUGACGGAAUGCGAUUGACAGGGUCACGUUGUGAGCUUUACAUUAUUUUGAUAGACGGUCUUUUUAAAAAGAUAAGUAAAGAGCAUAGCUUUUUUUGUCAGCCACCCUUCCUGUGCUUUCAAAACACACGUUACCUUCAACAAAAACUAGAUUUUUUGCAAGCCAUUUCCAAAACAGCAUUUUUAAUGUUGUUUACAGUGAAGCAGGAACAAUCUCUUGUUAUAAGUGAUCGACAGUUGUCAAAAUACUUGACACAAGAACAGAAAGACAUUGCCCUUAAAACAGGUGUUCUAACGGAAAGAAAAUGUGCUAGUAGAGCCUUUCCUACUUCAACGUAUUCAUUUAUUCAUAAAAGUGUUCAAGAAUUUCUAGCUGCUGUUCACAUAGCAGGAAACAGUGAUGCUCUUCUGGUAGUUUCUAGAUAUUUGGCCCAAAAUUCUGACACGAUUUUUGAAAAUCAGGUAUUUACUUUUUUGUGCGGUUUAAAUAUUUCAUCAGCUAAUAAAUUGUCGCGCACUAUAGACAGCAUUUUUAACACAUCUAAGGAUGCAUCUAAGGAAUUGAUCUAUUUGUUGGACUUAUACAUAUCAGGGUUUAUCGAAGCUCAAGUCAAUGUUAAGAAUCCAAAUGAUAUUGAUCUUAAACUAAGUGUAUUCUUCCUUUUUCAACUUGAUUUGAUAACUGGUGUCAGACUCAAAUCUUUUCUUAGCAUCUUGCAAAUGAAUAAGUCAAACGCAAAGCGUCUUUUAUAUUGCAAGAAAGGGGAACUUGGGUUGGAUUUGUCUACUUUAUGCAACCUUGAAACCCUACAACUAUCGGGAGGAGUCACAUUGCAACCUAAUGUACUUGCCAAGCUGAAGCAAUCACAGUCGGUAUACUGUAAGUGGAGGUCGUGGGACCUAUCAUCAUGUCGCGAAAGAAUCACAUUACAACCAUAUGAUUUUCAUGGACUUGCGCAGCUGAAGAUGUUAAAGUUGGAGCGCUGUACAUGUGAGUCGUUGGACUUAUCAUCAUGUCACAAUCUUGAAAGCAUAGAACUUUGUGGUGAAGGAAUAACGCUACAAACAAAUGCCUUUCGUGGACUUGCAAUGCUGAAGAAAUUAGUGUUGGUUUGCUGUAAAUGUGAGUCGUUGGACUUAUCAUCAUGUCACAAUCUUGAAAGUAUAGAACUUCGAGGUAAAGGAAUCACAUUACAACUGAAUGCCUUUCAUGGACUUGCACAGCUGAAGAAAUUUGUGUUUGAUGGCGGUAAAUGUGAGUUGUUGGACUUCUCCUCAUGUCACAAUCUGGAAGGAAUAAUACUUCAUGGUGAAGGAAUCACAUUACAACUGAAUUCAUUUCAUGGACUUGCACAUCUGAAGAUAUUUAAUGAGUUUAUCUGUAAGUGUGAACAGCUGGACUUAUCAUCAUGUAACAAUCUGGAACGUAUAGUACUUCGUGGUGAAAGAAUCAUAUUACAACCGAAUGCCUUUCAUGGACUGGUGCAGCUGAAGGUAUUUAAGUUGAAAAACUGUAAAUAUGAGUCGUUGGACUUCUCAUCAUGUCACAAUUUGGAAAGUAUAGAACUUUAUGGUGAAGGAAUAACGCUACAAAAAAUGCUUUUCAUGGACUCGCACAGCUGAUGAUAAUACAUUUGGAGGGCUGUAACUUUGAACAGUUGGAAUUAUCAUCAUGUCUUAAUCUGAAAAGAAUAAAACUUGAUAGAGGAAUCACAUUACAACCGAAUGCCUUUCAUGGACUUUCACAGCUAAAUGAAUUAGAGUUGGUGGACUGUAAAUGUGAACAGUUGGAUUUAUCAUCAUGUCUUAAUCUGGAAAGAAAUAAACUUAGUAGAGGAAUCACAUUACAACGGAAUGCCUUUCAUGGACUUGCACAGCUGAAGGAAUUAGAGUUGGUGGACUGUAAAUGUGAACAGUUGGAUUUAUCAUCAUAUCACAAUCUGGAAAGUAUAGGACUAUGUGGUGAAGGAAUCACAUUACAACCGAAUGGCUUUCAUGGGCUUUCGCAGCUAGAGAUUUUAAAGUUGGAGGGCUGUAAAUUAAAACAGUUGGACUUAUCAUCAUGUCACAAUCUGGAAAGGAUAAAACUUCGUGGUGAAGGAAUAACGCUACAACUGAAUGCCCUUCAUGGACUUGCGCAGCUAUAUAUAUUAGAGUUGGAGGGCUGUAAAUGUGAACAGUUGGACUUAUCAUCAUGUCACAAUCUGGAAGGAAUAAUACUUCUUGGUGAAGGAAUCACAUUACAACUGAAUGCCUUUCAUGGACUUGCACAGCUGAAGAUAUUACGGCUGGAGGGCUGUAAAUGUGAGUUGUUGGACUUAUCAUCAUGUAACAAUCUGGAAAAUAUAGAACUUAGUGGUGGAUGAAUCACAUUACAACCGCAUGCCUUUCAUAGACUUGCCCAGCUAAAGGAAUUAGAGUUGGAGGGCUGUAAAUGUGAACAGUUGGACUUAACAUCGUGUCACAAUCUAGAAAUUAUAGAACUAAGUUGGCAAGGAAUAACGCUACACACAAAUGCCUUUUAUGGACGUGCACAGCUGAAGGAAUUAGAGUUGGAUUGCUGUAUAUGCGAGUCGUU